AUGGCCAACACUGCGGCCGAAAGCAACGUCAACGUAAAGGAAGCACACAGGUGGGUCAGCUUGUUGCUCUCCCGAGUAAAGCCAAGGCGAUGGGUGUUAAUUCCGACACGGCCCUGUGAUGCUGAUGCCAACAACAGUCUCAGUCGACUCUCUGGGCAUCCUUUCGGCACCAUCGCCUACAUUUUUGCCACUGCUGGUGUCUUCGAUAGAGCCAACAACGGAAGCUAUCAGCUUGGAUCGAUCGAUGUCUUGAAAACCAUUGUUGCAGGGCAAAAGCGACCAAAAGCACGGCUUAUUGUUGUGGCAACGAAAGGGUUGGAUCAGGAGGAAUGCAGUUGUCUGUUUGUAAUGAGAGGAGAGCCUCGAGCCAAAGAGCUGCAACCAACAGUUGUACCACAUUUGGCAGCAGCACAAAUUCGAGGAGGAACGACGCAUGCGAAAACUCCUCUUCCAGCAAUCAAACUGUCGGAAAAGACAACAACAAAACUGUUAGAAUUCUAUACGGACAUGAUUGCAUGCAAUGGGGUUGAAUCACCAGGAGGAAGUCCAAUGCAGUCAAGUCCAGUGCAGUCAAGCCCAGUGCCAGCCAGUCCAACAAGUCCUCAAACCAAUCUUUCGAGGAGUCCAAUUAGCUCCAUUCUCCAGGCAUUGUCUUCACGCACAAGGAGGAGACGGCGAAGGUCUUCAUUUCUUUUACGCCACGGGAAAAGGCUAACCUUUGCGACAACACAUCAUGUAGAGCCACCCCGACAGAUUGCUCGGUACAGCGAAAGCCACACUAGGGCAUCUUCUCUGCCAGAAGACAAUGAUGCCGAGGCUGCUGCAACUGUAACCGAAGAUGACAACACGUCUCCUGCAAGCUCCGGAGAAGAAUAUUCGUUUCCAAUCUCAGACGGACUCGAUGAUGAGAGUGACCACAACGCAGAUACAGAACAACAGGACUUACAGGUACAGGUGGCGACGGCUCAAGCAGAUCCAAAUGAUAUUAUUGCAGGAGCAGAUCACAACCCGUGGAGUCCACCAGGUGAGAUGGUGCUUGCCGUCAAUCUUGAUUUUGAUAAACGAGAUGACGAUGGGUUGCGUCCUUCUCGGUUUGGUGACGGAUCGAUUCCACUUUCAAAGAAGCAAAGACCAGAUGAGAAAGCAAUGCGAUGGGCAAUCCUACUGGUGGCUCAUCGAUUUGGUUACCAACGACCAGAGCUUACAAGAAAACAGAGAAAGUCCAUCGCCGCAGCAGCCUGUCGUCUUGUCGCCUAUGAUUGGGGAUUCAAAAAGCCUCUUGCUGGCUCGAGUGUUGAGUUGUGGGACAAAGAAGUAAACAGCAGCCUCGUACAUGGAGCCACAUCCUUGCAAAGCGUUUUGACAGUGGGGAAGAUUGGCAAUCAGAACAAGCAACCAUACACACGGCAGUUGGAUACGCAGCAUCCUGGUUACCUUAUUCGACUGUUUCGACAAGCGCAGAAGCUUGAGGGAGACAAGGCAACGUGGAUUGAAUACGCCAGUGCCCAAAGCACAAAGUGGACAGAGUAG